UGCUGGCCUGUCAAAUGAUUAAUCUUCCAUUCAUUGGCCAUAGCAUUUCUGUAUUAAAAAUGCUUCAUUUAAUUGUUUUAAUGCAAUGUUUUUAAGAAAAUGCAUUGCCAGGUUUUUAUUAACUUUAUGUCAUAAUCACCAAAAUGAACAAAAACAACAACAACAACAAAAAAAACUGGAUGAACUUUUCACUUAUUUUCAAAUGCACCUGUCUUCUCACUGCAGUUAUUCCUUUUCUGUCAUAAAUGUUUGCUGCUCUUUGAGAAUAAUUAAAAAUCUCUCUACAGCUGGUUCUGAGUCGGGCGGACUCGGUUCCUUUUGGAGGCGUUGCAUGGUUCCUGCUCACUAUCUCCACCCUCCGGGGGAAGAGACUUCUCCGCGCACCGAGCAGUUUUUCUCUCCCCCCCUCCCAGCUCCGCCGUUAAAUCUAAAUUAGGUGUGACUGCAGCGCUCAAAAAGGCCAGUUCGGCGUCAAUUAAUAUCAAGAUUCAACCCUCUUCUUUUUUGCAGCUUUUUUUUGGAUUAUGGGGACGUUGGUGUGCGCCAACUGCAGACGCUUGCCAAGAUUAAACCAUCAUCCGGAGGUAGAAGAAAGGAUCACGAUUUAGAAAAACAAACAAACAACAACAAAAAAACCAACUAAUAAUACGUGCGUGAAUGCGAUUUUCUUUGAAUUUUUCGGUGCGCGUUUUUUCUGUGAACAUUCUCCGUAUAUUUGGACGCUUUUUUUGAGGGUUUGGAGCGCGCUGUGAGAGGUAGCAGCAGCAGCAGGGCUGUUUCCAGCUCAGAGUUAUUGGCAUACCCUGCAAUCAUCAUCACCAUCGUCAUCUGAGUGGUAACAUUCAUUUUAAUAUAACUGGCAUGAGCAGCUGUCACAGCUUCCUGCCGUUAUUAAGCGCUAAGGUGUGUGAGGAGCGGUGAACCAGCCUGCUGCUGCUGUGUGACGAGAUUAUUUCCAGAUACAGCGGGGCAGUUUGGAGUCUCAUGCGCCCAGAUCAAACAAUUAAGAUGACAAAAAAGGGUGACUGUCUCCAUUACCGAGCGAGCUGCGUUGGGAUUGCGUUUCAUUUCGUUGGGGGACAGAGAGUAGAGGAGGAGGAGGAGGAGAGGAAGGAGAAGCAGAGGAGAGCAGCUGAACCGCCGCUGACUGGCAAGCUGUGGCUUCAGUGAUGGACUGAUCUGGAGGUGAAGGGAUCCCAGUCACAGCCUCAGUUUCAUUUCUUCCCCCUCCUCCUCCCUCAGGAGCCUUCAUUCUUUAACAAAAACACCUCUGGACACUCUGCAGCACAGGUGAGGCUGCGGUGAAACCCAACAAAUUGUCCUGAUGAUUGAAAUACUCGGAAGCUUUCAGAGAUCAUACCUGGAUCACCGUCUCUGUAAUGCCUUCACAAUCUGAUUCCUUCAGCGCACCGAGAAGGAAUUAAGCCUCACAACGCUCCUCUUACACCAAGUGCACUGGAGACCCACCUGGAUCCAGUCUGCACCCCCAGAUGUUCUGAUUUCUUCUCCAGAAAGUCCUGUAUUUUUGGCUGCAUGGACACUUCUGCAAAGACGUGGCUGCCGCAUCAGGGUCAGUUUGGCUUGGUUGGUCAAGCGGAGGUUUGCUGUGGUGGACCGGGAGUUUUGACGCCAAACCAAUCCCGCAGGGCAAGUUUUGCCUCUGUAAGACAGUCGAGUAUGGAGACUCCUCCUAACACAACCCCUCAGCCCUUCAGGCAGCCGAGUUUUCUCAAUCGGAGGUUGAAGGGCUCCAUCAAGAGGGCGAAAAGCCAGCCGAAGCUGGACCGGACCAGCAGCUUCAAACAGAUGAUUCUGCCCCGGUUUCGUAGUGCUGACCAAGAGAGGACUCGCUUGAUGCAAAGCUUCAAAGAAUCCCACUCCCAUGAGUCCCUCCUUUCCCCCAGCAGUGCUGCAGAGGCUUUAGACCUAGUUCUGGAUGAAGAUGCCAUUAUCAAGCCUGUCCACUCAAGCAUUUUAGGACAAGAGUACUGCUUUGAGGUAACCACCAAUUCAGGGACAAAAUGUUUUGCCUGCCGAUCAGCUUCUGAAAGAGACAAAUGGAUUGAGAAUCUGCAACGAGCGGUCAAACCAAACAAGCACUCUUUUCAGGACAACAGCAGGCGGGUGGAGAAUGUGCUCAAGUUGUGGAUAAUCGAGGCUCGAGAUCUUCCAGCUAAGAAACGCUACUACUGCGAGCUUUGUCUGGACGACAUGCUGUACGCGCGCACCACCAGCAAACCCCGCACCGACACGGUCUUCUGGGGAGAACAUUUUGAGUUUAACAAUUUGCCAACCAUUCGUAGCCUUCGUUUGCACCUCUACAAAGAGACAGAUAAAAAGAGGCGCAAGGAGAAAAGCACAUACAUCGGCCUUGUCAGCAUCCCAAUAUCCAGCAUCACGGGCCGGCAGUUUGUUGAGCAGUGGUACCCGGUGAUACAGUCCAGUGUUUUAGCCAAAAGUGGCGGCGUUGGAAGUGCCAAAGUGAUCAAUGCUUCGCUGCGUGUCAAGUCGCGCUACCAGACUAUGAAUAUUCUCCCAAUGGAGCUGUACAAGGAGUUUGCCGAGUACAUCACCAACAACUACCGAACACUGUGCGCGGUGCUGGAGCCGCUGCUGAGCGUGAAGAGUAAAGAGGAGGUGGCGUUUGCUCUGGUGCACAUUCUUCAGAGCACAGGGAAAACAAAGGAGUUUCUUUCAGACAUGGCAAUGUGUGAGGUAGAUCGAUUCAUGGACCGUGAACAUUUGAUCUUUCGGGAAAACACACUCGCUACAAAGGCUGUGGAAGAGUACCUCAAACUAAUAGGUCACAGAUACCUCAAGGAAGCUAUAGGUGAUUUCAUUCGAGCCUUAUACGAGUCUGAGGAGAACUGUGAGGUGGACCCAAUGCGUGUCCCACCAUCAGUCCUCGCUGACCACCAAGCCAACCUCCGGAUGUGCUGCGAGCUUUUACUCUGCAAGAUCAUCAACUCCCUCUGCAUCUUUCCCCGGGAGCUGAAGGAGGUUUUUGCCUCUUGGAGAGCCAGAUGCGCCGAGCGAGGAAGAGAGGAUCUCGCCGACAGCCUCAUCAGCUCCUCCCUGUUCCUGCGCUUCAUGUGCCCAGCCAUCAUGUCACCGUCCCUGUUCAACCUGAUGCAGGAGUACCCGGCCGAGCGCACGUCCCGCACACUCACGCUCAUCGCCAAGGUGAUGCAGAACCUGGCCAGCUUCACCAAAUUUGGACCCAAGGAGGAAUACAUGUAUUUCAUGAACGAGUUCCUGGAGAUGGAGUGGGGCUCCAUGCAGCAGUUCCUCUAUGAGAUUUCCAACAUGGACACUGGAGGGAACGCCGGAGGCUUUGAGGGUUACAUCGACCUUGGUAGGGAGCUGUCCAUGCUGCACAGCUUGCUGUGGGAAGUCAUGGGACAGCUCAGUAAGGAUGCAAUCCUGAAACUUGGACCCCUGCCACGGCUGCUGAACGACAUCAGCGUUGCCCUGAGGAAUCCGCAGCUCCACAUGCCCACAAACCACCAACCGGAGAGACCGAAGGACAGACUCUUCUCCCGCCCAUCCUUCAAUCGCCUUAUGUCCUCUGAUUUCCAAAGCCUUAUGAUGCGUGAUUUAAACAGCUCGAUAGACAUCUCGCGCCUCCCGUCGCCCACGACUGGAGUCUCAGCUGUAGAAUCCCUCUCCUCCAAUCUGAACAUGAGGCGUCAGGCCGAGCGAGACCUCCGCUCUUCGUCCAGGGAGGUGUUCUACGUCACCCGCCCACCUCUGGCUCGAUCCAGCCCUGCGUACUGCACCAGCAGCUCAGACAUCACAGAACCCGAUCCGAAGGUCCACAGUGUCAACAAAAGCGUCUCCAUGAUGGACCUUCAGGACUCCCGAAUGAACAGCAUCUCGAACCUGAACUCUGUUGGAGACAUGCUAGCCUCCUCUCAGGCCUCCAUUGCUGGCCUCGGCCACAGCUUCGGGAACCUGGGCGCCCCGCUUCGUAUGGGGGGCCACUUGCCCCCGGGGUCAUCUGGCUCUGGCCUCAGACUGAGCCAGAUGGGCCACAUAGGGGCCCCAACAGAAUCCAUCUCCCAGCAGCAGCAGCAGGCCGCUGCAGCGAUGCAUUUCCCCCUUUCUUUCCAGAAUCCUCUAUUCCAUCUGGCUGCCCAGAACUCCCCGGCUCAGUCCCAGGCUCCUCCUCCAGGUGCCGCCCCUCCUCCGCUGCUCCUCACCCCGGAGGCUGAGAACGGCCACCCCGACUACCCGCCCGCCUUUGGCAACAGCGCUUUCUCCCGCAGCGAGGACCUCUCUGCCCUGCAGUCGCAGAGCAGCCUGGUGCAGCCCAGCAUCGUACAUUCACACAGCUACAGCGACGACUUCACCCGGCAGAAUCAGAACAACGACUACGCCUGGCACCAGCUGUCUCUGCAGGUGCAGGAGUCUCUGCAGCAGCAUCACCUGAUGGGACUCACAUCUCAGACAGGCACUGGCACAGGCACUCCUGCUUCCUUGGCUACACCUCCGACGACAGUUCAUCCGUCCCGCCAGUCAUCCAUUGCUGCUCAGCACCUCAAGUCCCAGCGUUCCAUCAACACGCCUGCCACUGCCACGCCUCCAAAGGUUCGUCCGCAGAGCAGGAACCUCCUCCUCAACUCCUCGGAUGCGAGCUUCAGCGGCAGUCAGCCAAAGUCCCGCCCGUCGAAGCAAACGACGCAGCAGCAGCAGCAGCAACAGCAGCAGCAGCAGCAGCAGCAGCAGCAGCAGCAGCAGCAGCAACAGCAACAACAGGACGGGCACCUGUCUGUCACCGACAGUCCGGCUCCAGGGCUACCCUUCCAGACGAGCUCCGCUAAAGAAAACCAGGCUCCGGCAGCAGCUGCAGAAGAGUCCACAGACACGCCCACAAAAAGCAGCAAGAAGUCCCAGCAGUCACAGCUGCAGCCGCCGCAGCAGCAUCUACUGAAACCAGUCGCAAACAAACAGGGUAACAGCCAGGGAAUGAACGAGCGGACGGUCGCAUGGGUCUCCAACAUGCCACACCUCUCUGCCGACAUCGAGAGCCUGCGGCCGGACCGCGAGGGCCAGCUGAAAGAGUACUCUAAGAGCAUGGAUGAGUCACGACUAGAAAGGGUGAGGGAAUACGAAGAGGAAAUUCACUCUCUGAAGGAGCGGCUGAAGAUGUCGCAUCGCAAACUGGAAGAGUACGAGCAGAGGCUUCUGAGCCAGGAGCAGCAGACCAGCAAGAUCCUGCAGCAGUACCAGAACCGCCUCGAAGACAGCGAGCGGCGCCUGAAGCAGCAACAACUGGAAAAAGACUCUCAAAUCAAAGGCAUCAUCAGCAGUCUUUCAGCCAGGUCUAUGGGGGCCUCCCUGGAUCCUGACUGCUAGCUCCAAAGUGACCAGAAUUCAUGAUGGUCACUCGGGUGUAAGAAGGUGGAUCAAAACGACUCCUACAGACUGACUCCAGUCAAAGGCCUACACAGGACCAACGAUGGUGUCAUCUCACAACAUUAUCCAUUAAGAAAUAUUUUCAAAAUUGUCGCAAAUAUGAAAACUAAGCCUGUAACAGAACUUGACAAUCAACUCAGCAAGAGGACCAACGUGUGCAGCAAAAGCUUUGCACGAUUUGGUUGAAAUAUAAGCCAGUGCCACAAUAACGGCAAUACUGUUCCUAAAGAGAUUUUGUAACUGUGGUGAAGAAGUUGUGGAAAACAAUGGGAUGAAGAUGGAUUUAAGAUUACUUUCUUCCUUCUACAAGAAGCUUCCCACUUCAGUGGCUGAGGAUAAAAUGUACUGAAGAGGCUUUUACCAGGCACAAUAUUCUUUCAUGGUGACUCCUUCAACAAGCAACAAGCAUGUUGUUGAAUCAUUAAAUAUUUUCUACUUUA